GAGCCAAGGCCCGGAGCUUUGGUAGGCUGCUCACAGGUGCAGCACCGCCGCCAACGUUCAAGGCACGUGCCCAUGAGGAGGGCCCGGAGCUGAAGACGCGGGCCUCGCAGCAUGGCGCCGCCUUGCGGGAGCUCAAGGGCGAUGUCUACCAAGAAGACGUCGCCAGCAAGGAGCUGGAGCGCAUCGCCGCCGCCGAGCAGCUCGCGACCGCGCGGGGCAGCGCCCUGGCGGCCGCGCGCGCAGGCCACGGGGCGGCGGAGCGACAAGCAGCCCUGGAGGCGUUUCUGCAUGCGUUGCAGGUGGGCUCCGGCAUGAUCGGGGACGGCGCUAGCUUCCAGAGAUGGAUUGUCCAGCAAGGGCUCGUGAAGGGGCUCAAGAAAUUGCGCGCCGCGCAGGCGGAGAUCGACUCACGGGGUUUCGCCGCGGCGUCCACGUUGCGGCGAGGCUCAAGCAAUGCCACUAUCAACCUCGAGACGUUCAAGAAUUCCCCCCCCCCCGCCUCGGACGGCAACUCCUUCCCCGGGACCGACGGCGGCUGCGCGGCCAGGCGGGCCUCGGCCGCGCGGCCGGCGAUCGCGGCGGCUGCUGCGCGCGGUGCUGUCCCGACUCCGCAGCCCCGCGUGGUCGGCGGCGACGCGCUGGGCGGCGUACAGGAGGUGUUCUUGGACAUGGAGGAUCUGGCGCGGCGCCUCGGCAAGCAGUCCAAGGUGCGCAACGGCGCGGCGCGCAGGGGCGUCGGGCUGCGCGGCGACAUCCGCGGGGUUUUCAGCGAGCGUGCGGACGGCGUCGCACAGGGUGCCGCCGAGGAGGCUGCGUCGCUCGCCGGUUGUUCGACGGGUCGUCUCCUGGAGUGCAGCGCGCGGUCGGAGCUCGAUCAUGAGGCCUCGGUUGCGGCGGGGCCCGCGCCGAGCACGCCGCAGAACUUUCACGUCUUCUUGGGCGCGGAGGCCGAGGUCAUUGUCUCAGACGCGGUGAUGGCGGGCGAGCUCAGCGAGCUGCGAGCGUUGGCAGAUGGCCUGUGCGACGACCUGAUGCGGGCGUCCGAGGAGGCUCAGGUCAAGGAGGUGGUCGACGACGGGCCGACGGCGCAGGAUGUGGAGCGCGCGGUGGCAUUGGUCGAGAACUUCUCGUCGUUGGCCUAG